GAAAAUUCAUUACUACUUUAAUUUUGAAAAAUUCUUCCUCACAAAUAUAACAAACACAAACUACUACCCAUCUUACCCCUUCCAAGUUCCAAACUGCAUUAACAACCCCUCAGCUCCUCCCAAAUCCUCCCUAGUCCCCAUUCAACCCGCCGGCUCCGCCGCCGCCACCACCACCACCAUGACUUUCGGUUUUAUCUAGCACGCGUUCAUCUAUCCAUCCAUAUCAUCAAACAAGCAAAUAUUAGAAAGGGCCGGGCGGUGGUAACUGGUAUUUAUUUAUUUAUUUAUUUGAGAUCGAUGGCGUCUGUGGAUCUGAAAGUGGAUCAGCGGCAGGAAUUGAGAGAAAUAUUCACGAGAUUCGACAUGGAUUCCGACGGGAGCUUAACCUUGUUAGAGCUAGCGGCGCUGCUACGUUCGCUGGGUCUGAAGCCGUCGGGGGACCAGCUCCACGCGCUUUUAGCCAACAUGGAUGCCAACGGCAAUGGCACCGUGGAGUUUGAGGAGCUGGUGGGGGCCAUCUUGCCCGACAUGGACGACCAAAUCCUGAUCAACCAACAACAGCUCCUCGAGGUGUUCCGAUCUUUUGACCGUGACGGUAACGGCUACAUCACUCCGGCGGAGCUGGCGGGAUCUAUGGCCAAAAUGGGGCAGCCGUUGUCCUACCGUGAGCUCACGGAGAUGAUCCGGGAGGCCGACGCUGACGGUGACGGCGUUAUCAACUUUACGGAAUUUGCGGCCGUUAUGGCCAGGUCAGCAGCUGGUUAUCUAGGCCUCCCAGUUUCAUAACCAUAACCUUGGCCUUGGGGAAGCCUUUUCUACUACUGUAUAUUGCAUUGCAACUAGUACUACACACUAACCAAUCUUGGCUGCCUUUCACCUUCUUAAUCUCUACUGUUAAGGUUAUAUUAAUUAUAAUAUCCAGUGGCUGCUGUGGUUGUGGUUCAUCUUUUUUAAGCCUGUUCAAAUCAUGUACUGUGUAAUUGGGUUUCAUUUAUCAAGCUUCAUUUAAGCUUGUGAUUAUAUAUAUAUAUAUAUAUAUAUAUAAUACUG